CAGUAGAGACCUUGGAGAGAGAGCCAAGAUUGCCACACAGAGGCAGCAAUACUCGUCCACCAUGAACGGUCUGCCAAACAAACCGAUCCAAACCUCCGGUAGCAAACCUCACCGUCCAGAAACUUUGGCCAAAUCGCACCUCGCGCACUCGUCCAUUCGAGGUCAGACGGCUCGCCAAAAACAGAAGCAAAAGGAGCAGCAGAAGGGGGAUACUGGAGCUGGGUCAACGUCGGGUGGUAAUGCGAAGGGGAAAGAUGAAAUCGGGGCGGCCGGUGCCGGAGGAGGAAAGAAGAAGCAAGGAGGAACGGGAAGUAAACCGUUCGUCAAAGCGGUCCUCGCCAAUCCUUUGGCGCCGCAAUGGCCGAACCUCCCUACAGAGGGCGCAAAAGACAUCCUCUCAACCUUAUGUGGCUCGUUUCCCGGUAUCGCCGAAUUCCACCUCGCCCGAGGUCGACACAGCUCGAAAGAAAAACAGAGGGUGAAAAAGGCUCUCAAGAGGGAGAAGAAGCAGAAGACGGUCUCGGUGCCACUGUUAUCUUCACCUUCAUCGAGCAGAGCUCGAAACAAUGACGCGGAGGACGGGCAGGGUGAAGCAAGAGGGAAAGGAAAGAAGCGAGAUCUGAGCGAUGUCGAUCCCGACGACCCGGAUGAGAUGCAGGUCGAUCGCGCGUCUAAACGAGCCAAGGUUGAAAGUGCAGAUGACGAGGUCGUUGAGAUCGUGGAUAGCGAUCAGGAGAUGGAGAUGAGGAUGGGGACUGGGUCGGGGGCAGGGGUUGAUGGGGAAAAUACGGGCGGACCGCAGGAAGAAGAAGAGGAGGAAGAGGAAGAGGAAGAGGAGGAGGAAGAAGAGGAGGAGGAAGAAGAGGAGGAGGAAGAAGAAGAAAGAGAAGAGGCAGCCAAGAAAGUGGAAGAGCGGGAGGUGGUGGCUGAAGAAGAAGAGGAAGAAGAGGAGGAGGAGGAAGAGGAAGAACAGCUCGAAACCCGCCUCGCGCCGUCCACCAUUCCCAAACCCUUUAAACCCCUCCCGGCAAGACCUCCCUUCCUGGACAGCUUGUUAUGCGGGAUCAAUGAGGUCUUCAAGAAGAUGGAAAGACAGACCGCCAGUCUUGCACAGGAGGUGGAAGAUGUUGUCAGAGACAAGAAACCCGGACCCAGCCUCAGUUCUGGGAACGGAGGUGGAGAUGGAGUUUUCAGCUUGUCAGAGCUGAUGACGACUGGCACGGAUGACCCGGUCGCUUCCGCCUCGACAGCCAUUCCCCAAGCGAGCUCGUCCAAGGUUGCCAAACCGGCGCCUCUCGCUGCCGACCUUGCGCCUCUUCGAAUCAUCUUUGUAUGCCGAGGAGACAUCGACCCUGUCGAUCUGAUCGAACCGUUGCUACUGUACGUGACGAGCUGGAACGCGCUGGUCAGAAAUUGUCGUUCGCGCCUGCAGACCAAGAUGAGGGAGGUCAAGGCGCGGCAGAAGGAGAAUGGGAAGGACGACGAUGCAGAGGGGACGAAAGCGUUCUGGGAAGCUGCAGUCAAGGCGUUGGUCAAGACGGAAGAGGUGUAUCUCGUACCACUGCCUCAGGGUGCCGAGAUGGAGUUGGCAGGUGCGGUAGGGUUGAGACGGGUGGCGGUGAUGGCUCUGACGACCACCUUUCCCCGUGUUAAGACCUUCAUCGACAAGCUCAACUUGCUCCAGGUUCGGCCGCCCCUACCGACCUUCCCCGUUCAGCCAUAUGAUCCGACAGAUCCUUCCGCCAUCCUGCUUGGUGCAAACUUUGCAUCGACUCGUCUCAAAGCGGUCCAGACGACCGUACCCAAAGACUCGAAGACGAAAAAGGCGCAGAGGCUGGAAGAGGUUAAAGCAAAGCGUCGCGAGAGAAAGCAGGCGCAAAAAGACAGGAAGGAACAGAUAAAGAAGCGGGGAACAUUGAUCAAUGGCAAGCUCAGAGGAGGGACGGAUGCCAAGGAGCGAAAGUUGGCUGAGCAGCGAGCUCAAGCGACAGAGAAGAAUCGUUUGAGACAGAAGAAGCUCAAGGCGAAGAAGCGGGACCGAGACCAGGCGGCCGACGGCGCGGCGCUUCCGGGCGAAGCGUCAAGCUUGAUACCGGUACAGCCCUUAACAUUGGCGAAUACAUCAAGCCAAUGA